AUGGUUGUGUCUGGAACAAUCUAUUCUCCGAAGUCCUACCACAAAAGCCUUCGCGCAGAAUUGGCUGCCGCAUACAGUCAUGCAAACGUUAAGGUUGUUGAUUACUGCCCCGGCGAAUCGCCUUUGCCGAAAAACCUUAAAAACUGCCCAGCCGACGUCGCUCCUCUGUUCGAAGCCGCCGACGGCACAGUACUGUUUGAUGCGAACGCGAUUUCAUUUUACCUGGGCAACAAGCAACUGCGCGGUGGCGACCAGGAGCACUUUGUCACGCAGUGGGUGAACUUCACUGAUCACAUCCUUCUGCCCUCCGUUGCUGCCUGGUUGUAUCCCAUCCUCGGGGCUACUUCCUACAACAAACAGCAAGCUACCAAAGCUCAUGAAAAUGUUAACAAGGCUCUUUCGUUCCUGAAUGAGUAUCUUUCUUCAAGGAAUACGCCAACAAAUAUUUGGUACUUUAGAACGUUCCUCGUUGGUGAAUCGAUUACUCAGGCUGACCUCACUCUCUACAGCGUUGCGUACAUGCUUUUUGAACAUUUACUCGAUGAGGAGGCCCUGAAGCCUUUCCCACAUUUUCAUCGUUGGUUCAUGACCAUCGCUAACCAACCAGAAGUUUUGAAAGUUGCUGGCGCUCCUAAACUGUGUAAGAAGGCGGCUGUGUAUGAUCCCAAGAAUCACGAAAAACAUAUGCCAAAGGGAGACGGAAAGAAAGCUGCGAAAGCCGAAAAGCCGAAACCACAGAAAAAGGAGCAGAAGCCACAGAAACCCAAGGAAAACGAUGACGAAGAGAUGGAGGAAAUGGCACCCAAGCCCUCAAAGAAUCCCUUUGCCGCACUUCCUGUAGGAACUUUCGACUACGAUACCUUUAAACGCACCUACUCCAACAAUGACAUCAAAACUGUCGCAUUGCCCUUCUUCUGGGAAAAGUUCGACCCUACGACAGAUUCGAUCUGGUACUGUGAGUAUAAUUAUCCAGAAGAGCUGAAGCUUACUUUUAUGUCGGCAAACCUUAUUCGGGGAAUGUACCAGCGCCUUGAAAGGAUGCAAAAGUACGCCUUCGCUGUAAUGGGUGUUUUCGGAGAGAACAACAACAGCACUAUUUCCGGAGUUUGGGUCUGGCGUGGUACUGGUCUGGCCUUCGACUUGAGUGAAGAUCUUCAGAUCGACUACGAAUCCUAUACAUGGACUAAGCUGGAACCCGAAGACCCCAAGACGAAGGAGCUUGUCAGCGAUUACUUCUGCAGAGAAGGUGCUUUUGGCGGCAAGACGCCUGCUGAACUUGCCGUUUUCAAAUAA